AUGGGGGCCUUCGACAACGGAACGCUUGCAAUUGAAGAACUUCCAACAUACAGCAGCCCUCCACCCUUCACCCCCGAGCGUGAUGGCUCUCCAAGCUCAUCUAUGAGCAGGACAUGCAAAGAUGCGCUUGUGACCAUUCACGAUGCUCCAACACAAUCCAGCAUUGACGAAAAACAGAAUGUCCGGUUCUCUCUUCAAGAUGAACUUGUGACUUCCCCAAGUUGCGCAAAAGAUACUAAAGCACCAACCUCUAUCUCCAUCCGCAAUACCUUUGGAAGAUGCUCGAAUUUUAUACACGACUGGACGCCUUUUCUGCUUGUCAGCUCCUAUUUUGUUUCAUCUAUUUUUGCAUAUAUGCUCUUUCCCACAAAACUCUUAGAGGUUUUCUGGUUCAUAUAUAAUUUCACAAAUUUUAUCAUUGCUGCGUCUACAGCACUAGAAGCAUUUAUGAGCAUGGAACCAUGUCGAGAGGCUCGGCUUACUGUUACGAAAGCCGCCGCAAGGGGCUGGAAGUUCCCUACACCAGAUGAUGACCUAUUGAUCGUGGACAUUGUCAUUGUCGCAUAUCUUCCAAAUGAACAAGACAUCAUAAUGGAUCGAAUAAACUAUGCGUGUCAGAAGUUGGAGUAUCCAGUUGACAAAAUUCGCAUAAAUAUUGUUUACAACACACCUUCUCCAAUUCAACCUCUCGAGGAAGAAAUGUGGGAAGCGACCGCCAAAUAUCCGCAGCUUCGAAUCAUCAAGGUUGAAGGCUCUACAUCGAAAGCUGACAACCUCAAUUACUAUCUCAGUCUAGAUACCGGCUCUGAUAUCACUGCUAUAUAUGACUGUGACCACUACAUACAUCCCCAUAGCCCUCGAUGGGCGAUUGAACGUUUCAUCAAGGAGAAAGGGAAGGUUGAUAUCGUGCAAGGCCGAUGCAUCGUUUUCAACACAGGUGCUUCGUUUCUCACUAGUCUCAUCAGCAUAGAAUUUGACAAGAUUUAUGCCGUCUCACAUCCUGGAAGGGCAACCAUCUGGGGUUUUGGUCUAUUCACAGGAUCCAAUGGAUACUGGAGAACAUCACUUCUUCGAGAUGUAAAGAUGGACGAGAACAUGCUCACUGAAGACAUUGACUCUGCUCUUCGAACUGUGGGCCGAGGAUGUAAUAUUGUUCACGACCUAAAUGUUGUGUCAUAUGAAUUGGCACCUACAACUUUUGGAGCGUUCUGGAAACAGCGUCUGAGAUGGGCACAAGGAUGGGCGCAGGCAAGCUUGAAACAUUCAAUUUUGACCUUCAAUCGAGCCAAGGAAGGAAAGAGAAUCUUCACAACACGAUUUGGACUGCUCAAUCUGUUACUCAUUCGUGAGCUCAGUUAUUACUUGGUUACUCAAUUUGCUUGCUUGGUAGCAAGCUUCAUUUUUCUCAAUUUCCCCUUGACUCCAGCAGCGUUCUGGAAGACUGUUUUCUUCCAAUAUCCAGUUUCUGAGUGGUUCUUUUUCGUUAGCAUUUUCUGUUUGAUUGGCACUCUCUGGGUCACCAAUCAAGUUAAAUCUGAGUUUGCGUCACGAUGGAUGAUCAUCAAGUUCUCGAUUGCCUAUCCAUUUUAUCUGCUAUUUUUGGCCACCAUAGGUCUUUAUGGACAUGCCCGGCAGUUGACUAAAUAUUCGUCUUGGAACCCUACAGCGAGAACGUAG